AUCAUGCUGUUUAAUCACCUUGAAAUGCCACACCUCUCAGGUGGAUGGAUUAUCUUGGCAAAGGAGAACUGCUCACUAACAUGGAUGUAAACAAAUUUGUGCCCAACAUUUUUGAGAAAUAAGCUUUUUGUGAGUAUGGAACAUUUUUGGGACCUUUUACUUCAGCUCUUGAAGCAUGUGACCAACACUUUACAUGUUGCGUUUAGAUUUUUGUUCAGAAUACAUGACGUGUCCAUAAUAAAAUGCCCAGCGAUGACACACGGCUCCAACUACUACUAACUAUCACAUGGAAUUCUGAAAGAGACUUGGGAAGUUUCGGUUCAUGGUGAGUCACCACAGUACUCGUGGUCACCAGCGCGGGGAGAGAGACGCCAGUCACGCCACCCUCCCAGCACUGUGCUGUGUAUGAUUGCCGCGAUGCAGGCAGGCUAUUCGUCCAAGGAAUAGGAUCGUAGUAGGAACACUUUAGAGAACAGGUGGUCGGUAAAACGUUAACGUUUAGACGGUAUGAAGAGACGAUGAAGAUUAUUGCUGUCUGCUUGUUUGGAAUACAAUCUUUUUGACACCAAAGGAAAUUCAUAAUUGGAACAUCUACAAAGUAGUAAGGAAUACACCUCAGCGGAAGUACAUCGGGAUUCGGGAACUAAUAUGAAAGUGACAGUGUGUUUUGGGAGGACCAGGGUGGUGGUUCCUUGUGGCAAUGGAACUAUUAAAGUCCACAGUCUUAUCGAGCAAGCCGCCAUGAGAUAUAAAAAGGCUAUUGCGAAGGAUUCUGGCUACUGGCUACAGGUGCACAGGUUGGAGCAUGGGGACGGAGGCAUACUGGAUCUGGACGACACGCUGUGUGAUGUGGCCGAUGACAAAGACAGGCUGGUGGCAGUGUAUGAGGAGCAGGACCCUCACCAUGGAGGCGAUGGCACCAGUGCCAGCUCAACGGGCACACAGAGCCCUGACCCCUUCACUGUCGUCACAGAGCUCAACUCCAGCAACAUGUCCGCCUUCCAGCCCUACCAGACCAGCAGCGAGAUAGAGGUUACCCCCUCCGCCCUGCGCAGCAACAUGCCUCUCCAUGUUCGGCGCAGUAGCGACCCCUCUCUGGCAGGCCUUCCCCUGGGUGACCCACAUACAGCAUCGGAGGAACCAUCCCGUAAGAACCCCACACGAUGGUCCACCACGGCAGGCUUUCGCAAGCACAACCACCACCACAGCCACAGCCAAAACACUGGGACCAACAGCCUGGAGCGCAAGGGUAAGGAUGGAGAUGCAUACCGGAGUCUCCCUCGUGAUUCAGCAGCUUGGGCCACCCAGUUCCAGAGAGAGACUGCCCGCUCCUCACUCAGCGCCAACCACCCCAUGGUGGACCGCUGGCUGGACAGACAGGAUCAGGUUUUAGAAAAGAGCAGAAGCUCUGAACUAUCUGUUCAGACCCCAGUCCUACCUGCCUACCUACAGGAGGAGGAGGAGGAAGAGGAGAGGGUGAAGGAGGAAGAGAGGAACGGGAGAAUAGAGCCGGUGGGGAGAGCAGACUCCUGUGUGGAACACUCCCCAACGUUAUCUCUGAAUGACAUGCUAAAGCUGGUAGAGGUGUCCAAUGUCGGCGGGCCUCUGGGGAUCCACGUUGUGCCUUUCAGUGCCACGGACAGAAGGACCCUUGGGUUGUUAGUGAAGCGUCUGGAGCGCGGGGGCAAGGCGGAGCAGGAAGGUCUGUUCCAGGAGAACGACUGUGUCGUCAAGAUUAAUAACGGGGAUCUGAGGAACAUCCGAUUUGAACAAGCCCAGAACAUGUUCAGGCAGGCCAUGCGUUCUCCUGUCAUUCUGUUCCAUGUGGUCCCAGCCUCCAUGAAGAGCCAGUAUGAGCAGCUCUCCCAGGAGGAGCUUAGCCCCCCAUGUCCGAGGGGGGAGAGGGGUAACCGGGGAAGCUUCACCUCCAGCCAGGCCUCGGACCCCCAGGCCCAGCAGCCCGGGGAAAGGGGUAGUCUGGUGGUCCACGGGGGGGUGGGGUUGGACCACAACCCACAGAGGAUGUCCUCCAGGUCAAGACCACACCCCAUUCCCAUCCCCAACAUCAAACACCAGAACCAUGGUCCUCUACCACAGCGUGUACCAGACCAGCGCUUCUCCACCUCGCUACCUCACAGCGGAAGCAACAACGUCUCCUCUGCCCCCUCUCCAUCCCUGCAGAGGAAAGUCAGUGCCAACCCUACUGCAGGCUACUUCAAGAAAACAGGCCGGAGACUUAACAUCCAGCUGAAGAAAGGUCCUGAGGGUCUUGGAUUCAGCAUCACAUCACGUGACGUCCCCAUAGGAGGCUCCGCCCCCAUCUAUGUCAAGAACAUCCUGGCUCGGGGUGCUGCUAUCCAAGAUGGCCGCCUGAAGGCUGGCGACCAGCUGCAAGAGGUGAAUGGGGUAGACCUGAAUGGGAGGAGUCAGGAGGAGGUGGUAGCUCUACUCAGGGUCACCCCCAUGGGAGGAACAGUCAGUCUGCUAGUCCUACGCCAAGAGGACUCCUAUCUCCCUAGAGAAGUGAAGUCAGAAGAAGAGGACCUGGUGUUGACCCCAGAUGGUACCAGGGAGUUCCUGACCUUUGAGAUCCCUCUGAGUGACUCGGGGUCAGCAGGUCUGGGGGUCAGCGUCAAGGGCAACCGCUCCAAGGAGAACCACGCCGACCUGGGCAUCUUUGUCAAGUCCAUCAUCAACGGAGGAGCCGCCUGCAAGGAUGGCCGACUGAGAGUCAACGACCAGCUGAUUGCCGUCAAUGGCGAGUCGUUGCUAGGGACGCCCAACCAGGAUGCCAUGGAAAUGCUUCGCCUGUCCAUGUCGACGGAGGGCAACAAACGAGGGAUGAUCCAACUCAUCGUUGCCAGGAGGGUUGCCAAGAGCAACGAGGAGGUUCCAGGAAGCUCACGGGAGGAGGAGCAGCCUCUGACAGACCCUCUGGACGACCAUGAGCGCCACAUCUCCCACUCCAUGUUCGGGACCAUAGAGUGCAUGGACGACCAGCCCUCCAUGCCGCCACGCAGUGUCAUGAUGGGACCGCGCAUGAUGGGUAACUACCAGCUGUCUCCGACUGUGAACAUGCCCCAGGACGACACCGUCAUGAUCGAAGAUGAUAGGCCACCUGUGGUCCCCGCCCACAUGUCUGACCAAUCGUCCUCCAGCUCCCACGAUGACGUGGGCUUUGCUGCAGAUAACCCAGUGACUUGGGCCCAGGACGAGCCAAACCAAAAUGAGUGCUCCCUCAGUCCGGACACAGAAGACCCAGAAGACUCCUUUCAGAGGGAGGGGUUUGGACGCCAGAGCAUGUCAGAGAAACGCACCAAACAGUUUGGCGACAAUGCCAAUCAGCUUGAGAUCAUCAAGACGCGCAAGUCCAAGAGCAUGGACCUAGUAUCAGACGAGUUUAACCCCCACCUCACCCCCAGCACAGAAAACAUGGAAGGCUCUUCGACAGGUGAAACAAUUGGUCCCUCUCUGGGCCUGAAGAAGUCCAGCUCCCUGGAGAGCCUCCAGACUGCCGUUGCCGAGGUUACACUCAACGGGGAAAUUAACCUCCACAGGCCACGCCCACGAAUCAUCAGGGGGCGGGGCUGCAACGAGAGCUUCCGGGCAGCCAUCGACAAAUCAUACGACAGGCCAGGAGUAAUCGUUACUGCUAUGGAUGAGUGUGACCUGAAGGGAAUGGAGACAUUGGAGGAGGACACUGAGGGGAGUUCUCGGUCAGGCCGGGACUCCAUAUCUACGGCCACCGACCUGACCCUGCCACCCGGAAACUCUGUCACCAUGGAGAGGCAGGUGAAUGGCAACGGCGAUAAAAAGAGGGUGAAGAGCGUGAGGGACAAGAAGAAGCCUGAGAGAGAUAAAGAAAAGGAGAAAGAAAAAGAGAAAGAAAAAAACAAAGCCAAGAAAGGGUUGCUGCUGAAGGGCCUGGGAGAUAUGUUCAGGUUUGGGAAGCACCGCAAUGGAGACAAGAUGGAGCGUAAGGGGUCGAGUAAAUCUAAGAUGGAGGACACACAGGCGUCUGAGGAGGAGAUGCUACGGAUGAAACUGGAACAGGAGAGGAUCCAGGCGAAGACGAGGGAGUUCCGUGAACAUCAAGCGUCGGUGGCGAGGGAGAGGGAGUACGCUGAGAUCCUGGACAUCAACCCCAACCUGAACUGCACCUUCAGUUCCAACGAGGAUGAGGAGCACCCCUACGCAGGCAUCGGCUCCCUGGACGGGUCAUCCGAAGACAGCAGACAGGAGCCCCACCAAGGGCCCCAGCCCCCCCAGGACAGUGGUCCAGACCAGCCCGACCUGGAAGCCCUCUAUGCCCAGGUCAACAAGCCUCGCAACGGACACCCUCCCUCAGCUGACAGCAACCGACUGGCGCCUAGUAACCAUGACCGGAUACGGCGUCUGAGGGUUGAGUUCCAGCAGGCCAGAGGAGAGGAGGACCCUGAUGACCGACGGCGCACAUACAGCUUCGAGCAGCCCUGGGCUAACUCGGGGACCCAUACCCUGACCGGACACCAAUCUGUGUCUGUGGAGUCACAGGUGCAGAGACCGAGACAAGACAAGAGACGAGACUCAUUUACACAGGCCCAAAGACAGUACAGUUCCCUGCCACGGCAACCUCGUAAGACCCCCAGCACAGUGUCCCAGGAGUCGUGUGACAAAGCCUUCCCGCCGGGCGAGGUCUUCCAGACGGCCAAGGAGAACCCCCGCUACUCCAGCUACCAGGGCUCCAGGAAUGGCUACCUGCACAGUGGGGCCAGUGGCUUCAACGCCCGCGUCCUGCUGGAGACCCAGGAGCUGCUGAGGCAGGAGCAGAGACGCAGGGAGCAGUCUGAGGCCAAGAUGAGGCUACCGCCGCCACAGGAGGGGGUCCCUGUCACCAACACCAGCUACGAUGACAUUCCCCCAGCCCCGACUCCAACCCUUCCCCAGGAUCCAGUCCUGACCCAGGCCCCGAUCCCUGUCACAGCCACACCCAAGGGCCCGUACCGCCAGGAUGUGCCCCCCUCUCCAUCUCAGCUGGCCAGGCUCAACAGGCUGCAGGGCUCAGAGAAAGGACGUCCAUUUUACUCCUGAGGGGCAAAGGAGGGAUAAGAGGAACUGGAGGAUGGAGGAGGGGUUGAUGAUUAUCAGCAGCAAUAAUAUAAGAGAGUCUGGAUCUUUUUAAAGUCCACUAGAUAUCUUUGAAUGGCUUCAACACAGAGGUUUAAUUAAUUGUAUUUCUAUGUUGGUGUUUUUAUAACAAACUUUACAGUCAGGAUUCUAUUCACCCCAAUCACCAGUUGUCUGCUCUGUGUCUGCCAUCGUGAUCUUCCCACUUUAAGUGCCUUGUGGGAAGACUGUCCUGCCUUAAAGGUCGAAUGUAGCCGUUUUUAUCUCAAUAUCAAAUCAUUUAUGGGUAACAAUAAAGUACGUUAUUGUGAUUGUUUUAAAUUAAAAUGGUCAAAAAGAAACUAAAAUAACUUCUUAGUAAAGAGCAAUUUCUCAAACAAGACUUUUGAUAGGGAGUGGUCUGAGUGGGGAGAGGAAAACAGAAAACUAGCUGUUAUCGGCAGAGGGCUUUGGAACUCUUUGUUAUUGGUCUAUUAACUAAUUUACCGCCUGGCGAUAUCACCGGGCAGGUCAAAACUCCAUCCCACCAAAGCAGGCUGAAAUUUCAGGCGGUCUUUUCAAACAGUUAUUACACUAAAAGGACAUUAUCAUAAUUUUCACAAUUUCACAGCAUUAUUUCAAAGUAGUGUGUGAGCUUGUGUGGUUUACCACUUCGCUGUGUGAGCUUGUAUGGCCUACCAAAUCACGUUUUUGGCUGCACUGGGUCUUUAAGAGUCUAGUCCUCACCCUUCCUGUGGCUUGUGUAUUUGGACACCUUCAUCGUCCUGCAUUGUAUCUACAAAACAUUCUGUCAAUCAGCACCCCACAGUAUUUUCACCCACGUAUCACCCAUGAGCAACUUCUGACGCAAGUGUAUACUCUCAAGUAUUUGUGUAUGACCUAGAUUGUGUUUAGGUGUGUUUCUGGAGGGUUCUAUAUGCUGCUGUCAGCAUGUGCUGACAUAAAGAGCACUGGGUUAACCAGCAUGUCCCAUCUCUGGGGUAAGACAACCCUACAGUUCCCAGCUACACUACAGAGAACAUUUCCUCCGGGACUAUGACACCCUUCUUAUUUAAACUCAGCCUCGCAUACUCUCUCUCUCUAGCGUUUUAUCCUCAACCUUUGUUUUUUGCUCUCCUUUCUUUUGUAGUUCUCCUCCUCUCCUCCUCAACCAGAGGUAGACCUUUAGAUCUCAUUUCACUGUGGGGUUUCAGACUGGGUUUCUGCAUACGCACUCUGCUGAUGUAAAAAGGGCUUUAUAAAUACAUUUGAUUUGACUUGAUUUGAACUCCUUUCAUCUGGGGGAUUCAUCAGUAUAAACGAGGUCAGGGUUGGGUUAUUAAUUAAUGUAGCUCAUGAAACAUGUAUCUGUGUUGUGUCUGGGCGGCGCUAGUGAGGGGGUGGUGGAUGGGUUAGAGGUAGAGUGGGAAGGUUAGGCUGGGUCUGCCAUGGUGUUUCUGCCUGACCGUUUGGCCGUUGCCUCGGCUGAGUCACUGUAACUAAAGCCAGUCUGUAACCAGUCUGUCCUGACCCAUCCGACUGACUGCUGCUCCACAUUUUUCAUUAAGGUGGUUACCGGGAAACCACAUACUGUUCACUACAACGUUCCUGAACAGCGUCACAUACAGCCUCACAGCAUGACUGUCUGUCUUUUUCGAGGCCCAGCUAAAAAAACAAUCUCUGUUUCAUUUCAUUUCAUUCUACUACCGUUUAUAAGUAAUCAAUACUGUCGGAAUUCAUGUUUCAACUACCAUUGGCAGAUUUUUUUCUCAUCUGUGUGUGGGUGAGAAUGUGUGUGUGUG